CUUGUUUUCAACUUAUAAAUAAGUUGCGCAAACCGGUUCUUAAAUAAAAUUCUUGAUUUUCUUAUCAGUUAUCAUUGAGCAUUCAAAAAGCAAAUAGGCUCCAAUUUGAAUACGUUUCUGUUGAUUUUAAGGAAUACAGUUUAUUACAUCGUUAAAAUGGCAUCAAAAUCUUUGUUAAAACUAAUCAGUUCGUCAAAUAAAUUGGUGAUCAACAAAAAUGUGUUCAAUUCAAUGAAAUAUUAUUCAUCAAUUGCAGCAAAUUAUGAACUCAUCAAAGUGGAAAAAGCAGGAGCCAAAAAUAACGUAGGACUCAUAACCUUAAACAGGCCUAAAGCUUUGAAUGCCCUCUGCGACAAACUCAUGACUGAGGUAGCCCAAGCCUUAGACACUUUAGAAGCCGAUAAAGAUGUUGGUGCUAUCAUCAUAACUGGAAGUGAAAAAGCAUUUGCUGCUGGCGCUGAUAUCAAAGAAAUGGAGUCCUACACUUACUCCAAGUGUGUCAGUGGUAACUUCCUAGAACAAUGGAACAGGGUUGCCAAAACCGUCAAGCCAGUUAUAGCAGCUGUGAAUGGUUACGCUCUUGGUGGUGGUUGCGAACUAGCUAUGAUGUGCGAUAUAAUCUAUGCCGGAGAAAAAGCUAAAUUUGGCCAACCCGAAAUUCUCUUGGGUACUAUACCCGGUGCAGGUGGUACCCAAAGACUCCCCAGGGCUGUAGGAAAGUCAAAAGCAAUGGAAAUGGUACUAACUGGAAACCAAGUAAACGCACAAGAAGCAGAGAAAAUGGGACUUGUAAGUAAAGUUUUUCCACCUGAAAAACUUCUUGAAGAAACGAUCAAGCUAGGAGAAAAAAUAGCAUCAAACUCCCAGCUCAUAAAUGGACUUUGCAAAGAAGCUGUAAACACAGCUUUCGAAUCAACUCUACAGGAAGGUCUUCAUUUCGAAAAAAGGACAUUCCACGGUACUUUUGCCACUGAAGAUCGUAGGGAAGGAAUGAAUGCUUUUGUUAAUAAGAGGGCAGCCAACUUCAAAAACGAAUAAAUGUUAUUGUUACUAAUACAUUUUGUAAAUUGUU